CCCGCGGGCGCCGGCAGGGGCGUCCCGGGCGCGCGGCGGGAGAUGAAGUACCUGAAACCUCGGUGGUCGGACGGCGGUGGCCUCCUGCACCUCACCGUCCUGCUGAGCUUGGCGGGGCUCCGCCUGGACCUGGACCUGGACCUUUACCUGCUGCUCCCGCCGCCCACCCUGCUCUGGGAUGAGCUGCUGCUGGCUGGCGGCCCGACGAGCGCCACCUACGCGCUCAGCCCCUUCGCGGCCUCGGCAGGGUGGGGGCGCGCGGACCAGCUGCACCCCAAAGGCCGCGAGCCGGAGCCCGAGGGCCGGCUGCUUCGGGAGGUUCGCGCGCUGGGGGUCCCCUUCAUCCCCCGCACCCGGGUGGAUGCGUGGCUGGUGCACAGCGUUGCGGCGGCGGACGCCGACGGGGCCCACGGGCUGCUCGGCGCCACGGCCAGCGCCGCCUCCGCGGGGGGAGUGGGCGCCGGCGUGGAAGACAGCAGCCAGGCUGCGCCGGGGGAUGGGGACCCCCGGGCGGCUGCGAGCAGCCCCGUGGCCGCCGGGGAAGAGGAGAGGGCGCCGGCGGGACCGACGGCCCAGGUGCUGGACGCCGGCGGCCGCGCGAACCAGGGGAGUGAAGUACUAAGAGAGAAGCAUGAAGCUGUGGAUCAUAGCUCUCAGAAUGAGGAAAAUGAGCAAAGAGUAUCAUCAGCCCAAGAAAGAUCACAAAAGAAUGAAGAAAGUAAAAUAGCAAAUAAUCCUGACUGGGAGGCAGAAAAGCCCACUGAAUCUAGCAAUGAGAGAGCUCUAAAUGGGACAGAUACAGCUUUCUCUCUGGAAGACUUAUUUCAGAUGUUUUCAUCACAGCCUGAAAAUUCAUUGGAGGGCAUCUCACUUGAAGAUACUUUUCCAGGAAACAUCAAUGAUGGCGUGAAUUCUUCAAUACAUCAUAAUGUAAACUUUAGCCAGGCUAUAAGUCAGGAUGUGAAUCUCCAUGAGGCCAUGUUGCUGUGCCCUGAUAAUACAUUUAGAAGAGAACCAGUAGCACGGACUUCACAAGAACCAUUUCUACACUUAAAUUCUCAGAAUACCAACUCUGAACAGAACCUUCCGGGAACUAAUCUGACAGGAUUUUUUCCCCUUGUUGGCAAUCAGAUGAGGAAUCUGACAAGUCAAGAUCUUCUCUAUGACCUCGACCUAAACAUAUUUGAUGAGAUAAAUUUAAUGUCUUUGGCCACAGGUUUUGAUCCAAUGGAAGUGGCUCAGCUUUUUGAAGAACCAGACUCUGAUUCUGGACUUUCCUUAAACUCAAGCCACAAUAGUACCUCUGUCACCAAGUCUAAUUCUUCUCACUCUGUGUGUGAAGGUGCUACAGGUUCUAGUAGUGACCUUGAAUCUCUUUCCCACCAUGACCUGGAAGGGGCUGUAGGAGGCUACUACGCAGAGCCCAGUAAGCUUUGUCACAUGGAUCAUAGGAGUAAUUCUGGUUUUCAUGGGGAUCUUACAUUUCAACAUGUAUUUCAUAACCACACUUACCACCUACAGCCAAGUGCUCUAGAAUCCACCUCUACAUCUCUUUCACGGCAUGGAAAGUCACAGAAAAGUAGGAGGUACCUCAAUGACACAGAUAGAAACUUAAGCCGUGAUGAGCGGCGUGCUAAGGCUUUGCACAUUCCUUUUUCUGUAGAUGAAAUUGUCCGUAUGCCUGUUGAUUCUUUCAACAACAUGCUAAGCAGGCACUAUCUGACAGAUUUACAAGUGUCACUCAUCCGUGAUAUCAGAAGAAGAGGAAAAAAUAAAGUUGCUGCUCAGAACUGUCGUAAGCGCAAACUGGACAUAAUUUUGAAUCUUGAAGAUGAUGUAUGUAACUUGCAAGCCAAGAGGGAAAUCCUUAAGAGAGAACGAGCCCGGUAUAACAAAGCUAUUAACACAAUGAAACAGAAACUGCAUGAACUUUAUCAUGAUAUUUUUAGUAGGUUAAGAGAUGAUGAAGGUAGGCCAGUCAAUCCAAACCAGUAUGUUCUUCAGUGCAGCCAAGAUGGAAGCGUUCUGAUUGUACCUAAGGAACUGGUGACCUCAGGCCACAAAAAGGAAAACCAUAAGGGAAAAAGAAAGUGAAGAAACUAAAGGUAGAAGGUAUCAAACUGAUACCUGGUCACAAACUGCUUCAAAGUUUGGCUCAAGUAUUAUUUCUUCUGCUACUUGAAUCAGGGCUACAUUUUGAAGCUUUUUAUGGACAGAUUUGUGGGAAAUCUGGGGAAGCCACAACUUUUCAUUAAGUCCAACUCUUAUUUGCAUGACACAAACGUACCAAGAACAGGGUGACAUGGAAACUUGACAGUCUAGUCACUUGGUUACCUUUUUUCCUUCCCUCCUAGUAAGCCGGUCGCUUCCAACAGCAAAUACUGGAUGUAAAUUAUUUUUAAAACAUUUUGGCUUUUGUGACUUGAAAUGCAGUGUAGUUUUUUUUAGCACUGAAGUACAGUUUUACAAGUGCUGUUUUUAGCUUUUUAUGAAUACUCUGAAUUGCUUGGUGGAAAUAAACUUUAGUUUAUAAAAAACAUCUUUUCCAACCAUA